AUGUCCUCCACAACGACAAGUACAGCAGGCAUGGCCACUAGCCUAACACCCCCAUCUGGAAGACUUUUCUCUCAUGGUAUUGAUGCCCACUAUGGAGAUUUCCGAGAUGAUCUCUUGAAGAAUGGUUACGCGGUGGUGAAAGGUGCUGUAGCACGUGAACGAGCGCUGCAAUAUGCCAGCGACAUCUACCAGUGGCUAGAAGAAUUUGAUCUCGGGUUCGACCGCAACGACCCUACAACAAUCCAAAAUGAUCAUCUCCCAGACAUCAAUGAGAAGGGCAUGUGUCUAGGUUACGCAAUCUCCCAUGAAUCGUUCACAUGGGCUGUGCGGCAGGAGCCUGGAGUAGUCCGAGCAUUUGAAAAGGUUUACGAUACGGAGGAUCUGAUAGUCUCUUUUGACUCGGUCAACAUCGGCUUUCCAAACCGGAAAGAUAUCAAGCCUAAUUCCCCAUGGCCACAUCAGGACCAAGACCCUGAAAAGCCAGGGUUCCGCUGUUUGCAAGGUCUUGUCAAUUUAUUGCCAAACGGACCCAAGGAUGGGGGCCUGAUUGUUUGCAAGGGAGCGCAUUUGCUCAGUGAAGAGUUCCAUGAAGUCUUCAAGGAGGAGGAGAGAAUCUGGUCCUGGACGACAGAAUGGUAUGGAUUUACCGAAGCUGGACAGGCUUGGCUGAAAGAGCGUGGUUGCGAAUGGGUCAAGGUGGAAGCUGAGCCUGGUGAUCUACUUCUUUGGGACUCACGUACUCCUCACUACAACCUCUCAUCGGAAACUUCGCAGAAUCGGUUCUGUAUCUACACAUGCUUUAUGCCUGUGUCAGAUGCAUCGAGGGAGCAGCUCGAGACCAAGAAGAUGGCGUUUGAAGACACCAAGAUGACCACCCACUGGCCAAACGCAAUGCAUGUUGUUGAUCUUCCCGUUUACAGAAACGGCGAAAUUGAUCCUCACAAUCGCUCGAAACCUCGUUUCCCUGUUCAACUUUCAGAACGUGGCUUCAAAUUGACUGGUAUUCCAUAUCUUGAGCAGAUGGCUUGA